UGGUCCCUGAGUGUUGUUGUUGUGGUUCGAGAGACUUCCACAAGGUACACGAGGCGGCUUAAACUUUCCUCCUCCCUCAGUCUACACAUUCUCACCGCUAACACCAUGGAGGACGUUAAAGCUAAGGUAACACACAUGAAGGACCGUGGAAAUAAAUGCAUGGAAUCAGGAGAACUGCAUGAAGCACAUUUUCACUACACAAAGGCACUUGAACUUGACCCUGUGAAUCAUGUCCUUUAUAGCAACAGGUCUGCUACCUUUAUCAAGAUGGAAAAGUACAACGAGGCUUUGGAAGAUGCUGAGAAAGUGAUAGAGCUCAAACCUGACUGGCCAAAGGGAUACUCAAGGAAGGGAGCUGCCUUAGUCCUCUUAAAAAAGUUACCCCAGGCUCUAGAAACGUAUCUGGAGGGUCUUCACAUAGACCCUGCUAAUCAACAGCUGAAAGAGUCAGUAGCUGAUGUCAGAAGAAAGCUUAUGGAACAAGGUGGAGGCAAGAUGUUAAACCCAUUCCAUAACCACAACUGUAUUGAACAAAUCAAGGCAAACCCUCGAAUCAGUAAGUACAUGGAGGAGCCAGAUUUUGCAGUCUUAAUGGAAGAAAUCGUGAAGCAUCCACGUCUUCUUCUUGAACAUUUAACGGAUAAAAGAGUAAUGGAAACAAUGACUGUGUUAAUGGAAUUAGAGGAUUCAGAUGAUGAUGAACCUUGGUUAUCUGCCGCAUACAAGAAAAACCCAACAGCAAAACCCAAAGAAGAAAAAAUGGAAGUUGAUAAAGCACCUAAAGAGUCAAAAGCUUUCAAGGAGAAGGAAGCUGGUAAUGCUGCUUAUAAGAAGAAAGAUUUCCAGACUGCACUCCAACAUUAUGGCAAAGCCAUUGAGAUUGACCCCAAAGAGAUGACCUUUCUUAGUAACAAAGCCGCUGUUUAUUUUGAGAUGCAAGAUUACAAACAGUGCAUUGCUACCUGUGAGAAAGCUGUUGAAGUUGGGAGAGAAAAUAGAGCGGACUUCAAGCUUAUAGCAAAAGCUUUUACUAGAAUUGGUAAUGCCUAUAAAGCUCUUAAGGACUUUGGAAAGGCAAAGACUUUCUAUGAAAAAUCUUUAUCCGAGCACCGCACACCUGACACAAAAGAAUUAUUGAGUAAGUUGGAAAAGGUAAUAAAAGAGCAGGAACGAUUGUCAUACAUCGAUCCAGCUAAGGCUGAAGUGGAGAAGGGGAAGGGCAACGAGUUUUUCAGGAAGGGCGAUUACCCAUCAGCAAUCAAACACUACAGUGAGGCCAUACGACGUAAUCCUGAGGAAGCCAAAAUAUAUAGUAACCGUGCUGCUUGUUACACCAAACUGGCAGAGUUUAGCUUAGGUCUUAAAGACUGUGAUGAGUGCAUCAGACUCCAGCCAGACUUUAUUAAAGGUUAUAUUCGCAAGGGCAAAAUCCACCAAGGGCUGAAACAAUUUGCCAAGGCUCAGGAUUCCUACCAGAAAGCUCUUGAUAUUGAUGCAAACUGCCAGGACGCUCUUGAUGGUUUCCGUGAAUGUAUGAUGGCUGUUCACACCGACCCUGAGGAAGUGCGGAAAAGAGCUAUGGCAGACCCAGAAGUACAGCAAAUCCUGAAGGAUCCAGCCAUGCGCAUGAUCCUGGAACAAAUGCAGACUGAUCCACGAGCUCUUCAGGACCAUUUGAAGAAUCCUGAUGUUGCUUCCAAGAUUCAAAAGCUGCUGCAGUCUGGCCUCAUUUCCAUCAGGUAGAGAGUAUUAGCCACAAGGUCAGGUAGGAACGUGCUGUGUGGGAGCAACACUACUGGUUUCUAAUUACUUGCUCUGUCUAGAACCACAUGAAUAUGUCAUGCUGUACCUCAGUGAUUUAUGUUAUGUUGUUACUGUGAAUGCAAUAAGUCCUUUCCACGGAUGCUCUGUUUUCAUAUGCUUUGAUUUUGUUCAUGAUUAAGAAAAUUUGUGGCAAUUUAAUAAUUUAUAUUUUAUUAUCAAAAGUAUAAUUUUAAGAACCAGUGUUAAUACAAGAGAUGCAGAUGGAGGUUUAAUGUAUAUGUCAUUGUAAGAAAUGUUUGAAUGCACCUUAAGGCAAGAGAUGCUGUUAGAGAUAGAGUACUGUAUUGCUUCUCUUUAGUUCAUGUCAGUUUCUUAUGGUCAUUUACUGGACACAAUUCCCAUUAAAAACCCACUCAUAAUUCUGAUCUUACUAAGGAUAUUACCAUUGAUUUUUUUAAUGGUAUACGAGAUAAAGAAAAGUAUAGGCUUGUAAUACAUUGAUAUCAUAUGGUAGAAUCCUUUUAUCAAAAGUGUGGUGCUCUAAAUAUCAUACGAGGUCAGGUCCCACUUUUUUGUGUGAAUAUUUUAACUGGUUUGUCACAAAUCAGAAGCAUUUGUUGGAAAUUUAUGUAUGCAGAUAAUUUUACCUUGUUGAAAGGUAUGAAAAACCGUACAUAUCUGGUCAAUCAUUUUUGGAUCAAAGUUUAUGUGAGGAAGGAUGUAAGUUGGUUCCUGUGUGCUGAACAAAUUUGGCAUUGGUGUCAUUUGCCACAUUUCUUUAUCUCCAAAAACUAAUACUGUACUGGUUUAUAAAUAAUGCUUAGUUACAUCAUUUUGACUUGUGUCCAAUAUGUUUGAUUUUUUGUAUUUCAUUACCUGAAAAUAAAAAAAUAAAUAAAAAGGUU